AUGUUUUGUAAGACAUGAUUUGUAAGACAUGUUUUUUUUUUCAGAAAUAUUUAGAAUUUCUUGCGAUUUUCACUCUGAAGUUCAAUAUUGUUCCGAUCAAGUUUUUUUUGGUUUCGGAAUUUUUUGAAUGCAAAUUUUUUUUCAGAUUUUUUGAGCCUCGUUUUGAUUUGCGAAGUUGGUGGAAAUGGAGUGGAUUUUAGAGAAGGUAAUUUCAAUUUUAUCUUCUUCUUAAAAUUUUGUUGGAAAAUUAUUUGCCACGUGGAUUUUCUUUUCUUUUUUUUGAAUUUUGAAUGAACACUUUCUUCAGUUUUCCAAAUUUUCAGCAUUUUUCCUAAAUUCUUCUCACAAUCUAAAUUUUAACGAAAAAGUUCAAUUUUCAAUUUUUCCUCGGAAAAAAGAAUAAAAAUCGGAGAAUCCUCUUAUGCCAUUUACAAAAUCUCGGGAAUUUAUUCAGCUAUAUCCUAUUUUCACUUUUUCCCUCCAAUUUUCCCUUCUUCCCCCUUUUUUCAACUAAAAAUCAUUUUCAUUUAUUUUUUUUCUGAAGUGUUGCGAAAAGUGUCAAGUAUUCUCAUUUUUUCAGACCAAAAUUCGGCGGAUCGCGAAAAAAAGUUGGUCGUUUUGGAGGAUUUGAUUGAAGUGCAACGGAAAUAUCGAGAAUUGAAAGAGAAAUGGACGAAAAUCAAGGGAGAAGACAAAAAUAAUAAGCAGGAGGAGGAAGAGGAAAAAUUCGAGAGGUACGGGAUAUUUCGGAAGGUUACUGUAGAUUACUGUAGACUAUACUAUUUUCGAGUUAGAGGAUAUUUUAUUUGAAAAGUGUUUUUCUGCUUGAAAAAAACUUUUUAGUAGAUUGACACAAAUUUUUCCAAGAAUUUCAAAUUCUGAACCAAAACUUUACUAUUUUGGAGCACUUACUAAAAAUUGAUUAGUAACUCAUACUACGUACAAUUAGACAUAUUAUGUUUUACAUUUUAUUACAAAAUAUUUUAAUAUAUUGAUCUUCAUAUUUCUAUUAUUAACUUCCAAAAAUAUUAAUUUUCAGCACAACUUCUUUUCUUCCGAAAUCAACAAUAAUUGCUGAAAAUAACCUCGUAAACAGCGAUGAAAUGGACGACGAAGAAUCAUUUGUUGAAAUCACCGACGAAUUUAUAGACGAUAUUUCGAAAAAAUCACCAGCUGAACAAUUGGAAGAAAUACAACAUCUUAUUUCAGAUGCUUUUCAGAAGAACAAAAAUAACACUGAAAAUACAUCUGAUCCGAUUAUGGAUAUGUUGCCAAUUCCAGCUCCAUCAAGAUCUAUGAAAAUUGAAGUUCAAGAAGAUGAUCAGAAAAUCCAGAUAUUGACAACUAGAACUACAAUAAGCCCGGUUGUCCCUUCAACUGUCCCAGCAUUUUUCGAUAUAAAAAUCAAACCAUCCGAUGUUCCGAUAGUUAUUCAAAAUAAGAAAGUUCCGAAAAAUAUUCUUCGCGACCCGGAAAACCUGGUUGGAAAUAUUCAGCCGAAAAAUAGGCAUCUUGGAGAUGUUCCGAAAAAAUUGCAAAUAAUCGGAGAAACCAGUGAGGAAGAGGAAAUCCCGCCAAAACCAAGUGAAGAAGUAACCCUGGACCAAGUGUUGAGAUCACAAAAUCCCGAGAAAAUCCUGAACCUUGUUCCCCUCCAAGAAAUCCCCCAAAAAAUGCAAUCUUUCGGCACAACUUCUCGCCUCAAAUAUCAGGAAAAACAAAAUUUCGUGGAUCCAAAGCUGGAAAGUCUACUGAAAAAUGAGGUGGCUCAACUGCAAGCAAACCUUCCCACCAGAUUAAUUAUGACUUCGAAUAAUUCUUCGGGAGCUGGGAGAAUGGGCAUUUUCCCGACUUCCACAUUUCCAAAACCACCACCAUUGCCUCCACUCAGUUUUGGAAUUGAAAGAGAUCUAGAUUCAAAUCUAAAUUCAGAUUCAGAAAUAGCUUUUCAAACUUCCACCCCGAAAAAUCAAGAUGAAUUUCAAAAUCGUGCGACAACUACGGCUGAAAUGAUGAUGAUUAAAAAGUUUUUCGAUGAAGAGGAAUCGGUUCCACGUGUCAAAACUGCAACAAAAAAAUUAAUCGAUAAUGAUACUUUGGCGGGAGCACAGAGAAAACUGAAGUCGAAAGGAAUUUCGAAAAAGACACCAAAGAAAAUCAAUGAGACAAGUAUUUUGAAAUUACCAGCUUGGGGAGCCUCGGAAAUUGUUAAAUUGGUGACGACAACAUCAAUGCCUACUGUAGGGUGAGUUGGAAACAUUACUAAACGUGACCUAAAAUAAUAUUCUAACAAAAAUAAAUAAGUCUGUCAAAAAUAUUUUAUUUCUAAAAUUUCUUGCUCAAAUAAAUUGACAAUUUUCCAAAUUUUGAAAAAGGUGAAUGAAAAAGCAGACAAAUUUGCCACGUCACAACUUACUUUUUCUCAAAAAAAUUCUGAUCUAUUUUUUUCAGAACUCUUCCUCCGCCACCUUCAAUUUCUUCUCAAAACUCUCCCCAAAAACGAGACAGCGACUUCCAUCAAAUCGAAAUCGACAAACUAAUUUUCAAAAAUCAAGAAGCUCGUUCAGAUAUUCCUAGAUGUUCUCGAAUUUUUGGAAAAGAAAUGGAUUCUUUGCAAAUUGUCCAAAUUUCUCGAAAUAUGGGACUUUUCGACAUUUCAAAAACAAUCGAAGAUGCUGAAACAACUGAAAAUCCUAUAAUUAUUGAUGACGAAAUCGAUCGAAUUUUGGAGGAAAAACGAAAUUUGGUGGGAAAAUUGGAAGUUCUUUUAUCGCUUUCUGAAUCGAGAGCACUCAUUUUUGAUCUUUUGGAAAUUCAAAAAUCGGUUAUUGAGAAGUUGGAAAAUGCUGCACUGGAUAUGAUUGGUGAGACUAAUUUUUGGAAUGAAAAUUUGGAUUGAAUUCAAUUUUCCAGAGAAUCUGAUAAAAACCACAACAACUUUGCAAGCCGAAAAAAGUGUAGAAGAAAUGGCGGCAGAUAUUGAGAGCAAUUUUGUGACUGAAGAGAAUAGCUCAAAUUUAGAAGAAAUGCCAGAACCAAUUGUAAAUUUCAAGGUCUGUAAAUAAAUAUCCGAAAUUCCCGAAAAAUUCCCAGCCAUUUUCAGACAAAUCUAAUCUCAGUGCCUCGUCCAAACAUCAAUGGUCUUUACAUGUUCAGACGUCCUCUUCCAAUUGCUCCACCAACGAUGAAACCAAUUCAGCAACUCGAAUUAUUGGCAACACCAAAGCCACAAGCUUCAGCUGCCAGAAUUCAUGUGCCAAGUUUAUCAGCUCAAGAAGAUAUUAUUGAAAUGUAAGAAUUUUUGAAAAUCUACAAAAUUCUGAGGGUUUUUGAGCCCAAAUGAGCUCAAACUAUUCAGCACUCAAUCUUGUUUAACAAUCCCAAAAAUUUGCAGCCCAGCCGAUGAUCGCGAAGUUUGCAAACAAGUCGAAUGCGAUUUCGAGCAAGGAUUGUGCAAUUUCGAAUCGUCGCACGACGAGACUACACGAUUACACCACCAAAUUCGACAGAAACGCUCAUUUUCUGAAGAUAUUCUGGAUGAUAUUGAUAAUGUUGCUGAGGAUUUGUUGCCUUUCACUUUUAGAGCAUGGAGUAUUUGGACAGGAAGAUGGGAAAAUACACAGAAACAGAUUGAUAUUGGACGUAAGUUUGAAUAAAAUCGCAUAGAAUUCCGAAAUUCUCUCGAAUUCCAGCCAUCUUCAAACCUCAAAAAUCCCACUUCGCCGGAGUUUUCUUGGAACCAGAACAAGCUGCGAUUCUGUCAACUCCUUUGAUUCUAACUGGAAGAUCAACAACAAUUCGAUUUAUGUUAUUCGAAGCAUCUCGUGGAAUGCGACUUCGUGUUUGUUGUGAUCGAUUCUGUCCGAUGGAAACUGAGAAUGGAUUAUUUAGAGGACAUCGAAAAUGGAUAAAGAGAAGUGUGACGUGUCCACCGAAUACACAAUCGGUUAGUGAAAAUUAAACCUGCCACGUCAUAACUCAAAACACCUCUAUUCAGAUCUCCUUCGAAUGUCUAAAUUCAGGCGCUGAACGCGGAGCUUGCGGAAUAGACGAAAUAUUCGUCAAACAUCCAAAAUGUGCUCAAUUUUUUCAAGGAGCCGAUCAACGCUAA